AUGUUUCGCAGUUUUCUCUUCCUCCACGAGGCCUGCUUGAUUCACGGCUGGAGUUUUGGGACGACAGCAUCAAGGCCACGCCCCGUUGGUCGUUUACGGGGGCGUUUCAGCAUCACACCCAGUCGAUCUGAAGUGAUUUUGAAUCCAGAUGGAUUGCCUGAAGAAUGGCUGGAUUUAGCUGAAUCAGAUCAUGACCCAGAGCUUUGGGAAGAGGAUGGUGUUCUACUGGGCAAAGGUGCUUUCGGAGUGGUGGCUCGCGGGAUCAACAAGGAAACUGGGGAGCUGGUUGCCAUCAAACGGAUUUCUCCCAGCCACAAUUUAGCAGUGGCCACUGCCAAGAAUGAAGUGGAGGCCGCAAACACAUUGGGUGAACACCCCAAUAUCGUGCAAAUGAAAGCGCAUUUUCUGGCACCGCAAAAAGAAGGAGAAAAGUACCGGGAAGCGGUUUUGGUGUAUCGUUUGGCCUUGGGAGGUGAUUUGCAGCAGUGGAUCAACAAGCAACACGGCAAUUCCUUCAGUGUAGACUAUAGCAAACCAAAAUUUACAGAUGAGGCGCUCCGAAUCAUGCGACAAUUGGUUGCUGCCUUGCAGCACAUCCACAGCAAAAAUAUCCAACACCGAGAUUUGAAACCCGCCAACAUUCUGCUGAGUGCCGGGUGCACUGCAUUGAUUGCGGACUUUGGGAUUUCGUUGGUGAAUCGAUCCUCCUUGCGAGUACAGGGACAUGCAGCGUUGGGUGACUUCUAUUUCAUUGAUGUGGACUCAUUGGUCACUAAGGAGCUUCCCUACACCUUGGACGAUGACAUCUAUUCCCUGGGUGAAGUCUUUGUUCGCAUCCUCUACGGCCGCUAUGCCACUGGUGUGGACCUGGCCUCUGCCGGAGCCAGUGGAGUGGAGCUACCACCGGUGGCGCGGGUCUUGAAUCAGAUGUUGGAGCCGCGAAGUGAACGCUGCAGCCUGUCCCAUGUGUCGCAGGUCUUAGAUGAUCUUCGCUUUUUGUCCAAACCUUCGGAGCCCCGGCCUAUUGUGAUGAGCAUGUUCCUGGGCAUUGGAUCUGUUGCCACGGUCAGUGCGGUGCUGAAACAUUUGCGCAAUCGAAAGAAGGACAUGUCCAUCUUCAGUCGGCAAUCGAAACUCCACGCGAGUUUCUGUGUGGCGCAGGGACAGGGACAACGUGCUUCGCUGCAGGAUUACUACUGCCAUGCGCGGAUCCCCUGGGAUCUCCAUGCCGGAGCCAGGUCAUGGCGGCUGCUGGGCAUCUUUGAUGGCCAUGGUGGGAAGGACUGCGCCAAGUUUGCUGCGCAGUUCCUGCCCCAUGAAGUGCGACGGAUGCUGAGGGAAGAGGAAGAAGAGGCUUCCAAGGCGGAGUCCUAUGGACAGCAAUGCUCCAUUGCUGCUGCUGCAUUGCAACAAGCUUUGGAGAGCUUGGACCAAUUGUACGUGAAGUUUAGACAGAAGAAAGGCAAUAUGGAUCUUUGCGGUACCACUGCCGCGGCAGCGCUGUUGUGUCCCGAUGGCCAACAUGCGGUGCUGUGCAACAUCGGUGAUUCGCGGGUGGCGCUGGUAGGGGAUUGGACGGUGCUGGACCACAGCGGCCACGAACCACAGCAGCUUCCUGGCUGUGUCCUGACCCAUGCGCACCGGGUGACGGAUCCAGAGGAGAUGGAUAGGAUCGAUGCGGCAGGUGGAUUCGUGGAGUAUGGAGCGAAUGGGCACCGUGUGAACGGUGUCCUGGGCGUAUCGCGUGCCAUCGGCUACUGUGGCAUCCCUGACUUUGCUGAACUGGUGCCGUCGCUGUCGGACAGUCUGAUUCUACGUAGAGACGCUGGGGAGCAGGUGUUGGUGGCACUUUGUACUGACGGACUGUGUCAAAGCCGCAAGGAUGAAGAGGCUGUUGCGAUUUUCAAGGAGGUGGCAAAGGCAGAGAGUUAUGCCUCACUUGAGAAGAAGGUGGCGGAAGCCCUGGACGUUGCUGGUGGGGGUGUGGCCUCCGACAAUAAGGACAAUGCCACGCUGCUGGCUUGCUUGCUGCCGGAACUUCGGGAGUGAGCGCAGCGGACCCAUGGUCACUGGUGGACGAAAUUGGGAGCGAAAAGACUUGAAAGAUCUUGAAAGUAGUAAUUAGAAUUAACUAGAUAGUUAUUCAUAGGUAUCUUUUUUCAAGUGGCCAUUGUACAUAUCACACCCUGCCACACUUUAAAGAGGUUUUUCAACAUUGCCUGGGCCUUGACAAAGGCAUCAGGGUCUCAACGGUCUUAAUGAUCUUAAUGAGGGCAGCAAAUGUCUGUCAAUCGUGAACUCGGUUUCUGGCAG